GGGGGCGGAGCCUGCAGCGUUCAAAACACAGCUUGUCCCCAAUCCUUCCUGAUCUCCGCUUCCUGCCUCUUUUGCGCUCUUUUUUUUUUAUUUUCGCGUUCUUUUUUAUUUUUAUCAUCUGCUUUGUGGAACUUUAUUGCGCUUUUACUCGUUGUUUUACUUUUGUUGUUAUAAAGGUAUAAUGCGGCUGCUCUCCGAGAUACAUUUUGUUCCGAGAUUGUUUUUCCGAGCAGAUCCAUCCCUCUGUUGUUGACUGCUGGUUUAUUGUCUUCGGUGAAUAUGGACUGAUUAAAAAAUACCGUAUAAAUGCAACCGCCGUCCAAGACACUGCCUGCUUCUGAAAUCAAAGAGGUGUGUGAGCGCUGGGUGCAGGCUGGCCUGUGCUGUGGAGGGGAUGAAGAACCCGGUGGCUGCAGAGAGCCGCCGGCUGCUCGGCCUGCUGGAGGCUGCUCUGCUCAGAGAGGCUCGUCUGUGGAAGGUCCCACUCUUCAAAAACGGAUGCAUUCAGGGUGCCGACAUCUCCAUGUCCCAACACCAGCAAAUGAUCGUUUGGAUUGGAGAAAUGAACCGACUGUUUCAGUUCUGUCCAGAAACUUUUGCACUGGGAGUGUGUGUCCUUAACCGCCUGCUGUCCACUGUCAAGGCUCAGAGAAAAUACCUAAAAUGCAUCGCUUUUACCUCCCUGGUCCUGGCAGCCAAAAUCAAUGAGGAAGACGAGGUUAUUGGUUCUGUUAAAGACCUGGUGGUGCGGAGUGGAUGCAACUUUUCGACAGCGGAGAUUCUUCGCAUGGAGCGGAUCAUUCUGGACAAGCUGCACUGGGAUCUGUACACGGCGACACCGGUCGACUUCGUUCACAUCGUGAGUUUACAGAACAGCAGAUUAAUAAAUAAUUCUUUUUUUCCCCAUUCGACCUCAACAUUUCAGUUACUUGUGGUCUUACAGUGAAACACAAGCAGUACAAAAAGCAGACAUUGCAAACCAUCAUGCUUCAAGAUUCUCUGUUCCACAUUUAAGGGUUGGUCCUAAGUUACAUUGUGCAUUUAUUUAACUGGACUUCAUGUGCCUGUGAUUAGAAUUGCAAACUACAUUUCUA